GCUCUGGGCUGGGCUUUGGGGUCUCCAGUCCCUGGGGCCGGUGCAGAGCUGUGCCUGUCCCUGUCCCCAGUGCGGCUGCUGCGGGAGGAGCUGCAGCUGCUGCAGGAGCAGGGAUCCUACGUGGGAGAGGUGGUGAGAGCCAUGGACAAGAAGAAGGUGCUKGUCAAGGUGCACCCAGAGGGGAAGUUUGUGGUGGAUGUAGACAAGAACAUUGACAUCAACGAUGUGACCCCCAACUGCCGCGUGGCACUGCGCAAUGACAGCUACACCCUGCACAAGAUCCUGCCCAACAAGGUGGACCCGCUGGUGUCCCUCAUGAUGGUGGAGAAGGUGCCCGACUCCACCUACGAGAUGAUCGGGGGUCUGGACAAGCAGAUCAAGGAGAUCAAGGAGGUCAUCGAGCUGCCCGUGAAGCACCCGGAGCUCUUUGAGGCRCUGGGCAUYGCCCAGCCCAAGGGGGUGCUGCUCUACGGCCCCCCUGGCACGGGGAAGACGCUGCUGGCCAGGGCUGUGGCCCAUCACACCGACUGCACCUUCAUCCGUGUCUCGGGCUCCGAGCUCGUGCAGAAGUUCAUUGGGGAAGGGGCCCGCAUGGUGCGGGAGCUGUUCGUGAUGGCGCGGGAACACGCGCCCUCCAUCAUCUUCAUGGACGAGAUCGACUCCAUYGGCUCGUCGCGCCUGGAGGGCGGCUCGGGCGGUGACAGUGAGGUGCAGCGCACCAUGCUCGAGCUCCUCAACCAGCUCGAYGGCUUCGAGGCCACCAAGAACAUCAAGGUGAUCAUGGCCACCAACAGGAUUGACAUCCUGGACUCAGCGCUGCUGCGCCCCGGCCGCAUCGACAGGAAAAUUGAGUUCCCCCCUCCCAACGAGGAGGCUCGCCUGGACAUUCUCAAGAUCCACUCGCGGAAGAUGAACUUGACCCGGGGCAUCAACCUGCGGAAAAUCGCGGAGCUCAUGCCGGGUGCCUCGGGGGCUGAGGUGAAGGGGGUGUGCACAGAGGCCGGGAUGUAUGCGCUAAGGGAGAGGAGAGUGCAUGUCACACAGGAGGACUUUGAGAUGGCUGUGGCCAAGGUGAUGCAGAAGGACAGUGAGAAGAACAUGUCCAUCAAGAAGCUGUGGAAGUAACAGUGAGGCCGGAGCUGCCCCSGCCCUGCUGUCCCCUCAAUAAAGAGCUGCCAUGGCCAGGCCUGGGCACUGAGUUGGGGACUCAUUUGGGGA